CGGGCAUGGCCCGGGGCAGGGCGGUGCGCUAGGGGCCUCCGCAUCGCCCGUCUCGGACGUCAGCUGUGCCCGUGUUAAUACUGCGUUACCAGUCUUGGGUGUACCGCUUUCCUCUUAACUUUAACUUCAGGAAUGCUGCUUGCGGUGUAGAGAGUUGGGGGGUGGGGUGGAAUCCUUAGAAUUCUGAUUUCGUGAGUAUGUCCUUAUCUGCAAAAUAAAGAAAUGCUGUUGUGAUUUUCACGAAGCCCCGCGAGGCUGCCUUUCUCGCUGCGGGGUGAGCAGGGCGCUUGCUGCCGGGAGGUGGUCGCGGAAGGCGUGCGUGGGUUUUGCUGGCUGCGUGCUCCAGCAGCGCAGCACAAGGAAGUACAAUGUCCCCUGAGCUUUCUUCGCUUCACGCUUUCAUUUUCCACCUCCAGCAGUUAGUAAAGUGAAAUUGUAGCUCUUUGUGCCCUUCGCUCUGAGGAUCCAGUGAUGUGCUUAAGUUAACAUUAUCUGUCUGCAAAGUGGCUGUUUGGUCAGCGGGAGGUGAAGAUAGUUUUCAUGGAUUUGUGAUCAAUGAGGAUAUUGUGUGUAUACGUUAAUGUAAAGCCACCUCCCAGUCCAAGCCCAUAUGGCAUCUUUCAUGAAUGCAGUACAUGUUUACAGGUAUGCCUUGCGACAUCCUAUCUAUAGAAAAGAAUUGGGUGGGAAUGCCUUGCCUACCUUAACCAACCUGUCAACAGCCACCUAACAACUGUGUAGUGCCAAGGUCUCUACAGACAGCUGUCUUUUGUGCAAUGCUGGGUACAUGGGGUUUUGUCAUGGCAAAAAUAUGUUGCUGCUUGUAUUAACUGUUUAUUCAGAUACUAGUUUUGUUAAACGGAAGAGUUGCAAAAGGCAAAAUGGUGAUUCUGUUCUGACACUUGAUAACAUCACAAACGUUACAGAAGAUGAUGAUGAAAAGUCUCCCUUUCUUGAGAAUGGGUCCUUGUUUUGCAGAGUUCUAACUUAAUUGUGAAACUUGCCAUCAAAGCUGUUAUUUCCACUUCUGAGGAAAUGCUGUGAAGUCAUAGAAUCUCGGCUGCUUUGGAUAAUCCUUUCUUCCUGGGUUGUGACAGAUUGUUAACUGUUUGUGUUCAAUGGGACGACGAAUUCACUUUGUGGUUGACCCCCAGGGUUGGUGCUGCAUGGGCCUUAUUAUCUUUGUCUGGCUAUACAAUACAAUAUUUAUUCCAAAAGUCAUCCUUUUUCCUCACUAUGAAGAGGGACACAUUUCAGUUGUGGCAAUUUUGUGUUAUUACUUCUGCUCAUUGUUCUGUAUAGCUUCAUUACUAAGAGCCUCAGUAGCUGAUCCAGGAAAGCUACCUGAAAACCCAAAGAUACCAAUUACAGAACGAGAAUAUUGGGAAUUAUGUAACAAGUGCAAUAUGAUGAGACCAAAGCGUUCGCAUCAUUGCAGUCGUUGUGGACAUUGUGUGAGGAGAAUGGAUCACCACUGCCCAUGGAUUAAUAAUUGCGUUGGUGAAGACAAUCACUGGCUGUUUUUACAGCUGUGUUUCUACACUCAGAUCCUUAGUUCCUAUACGCUGAUACUUGAUUUCUGCCAUUACUACUACUUUUUCCCUCUGAAAAAAGAAAACUGGGAUGUUUUUAUAUUUAGACAUGAACUUGCUCUCCUAAGAAUAUCUGCCUUCAUGGGUCUCAUAAUAUUAGGUGGAAUAAGUGGACUCUUUUACACUCAGCUAAUGGGUAUUUUCACUGACACUACAAGUAUAGAAAAAAUGUCAAACUGUUGUGAAGACAUAUCAAGGCCCCGAAAGCCAUGGCAGCAGACCUUCUCAGAAGUUUUUGGCACCCACUGGAAGAUCCUGUGGUUUAUUCCUUUCAGGCAGAGGCAACCACUACGAGUUCCCUACCACUUUGCCAAUCACGUCUGAACAGAUGGAUGGUGGGCACAGAUGGGUCCUCCAUGCUGGAAGCGCGUUACAGGUUUUAUGAUAAUGGGGACUGUGACAGUCUUCGAGUCAAUUAAAAUCCUCCCACCAAUCGUAGGUAUCACAAUGUGCCCCAGGCUUUAUUUUAAUAGUGGUCUUGAUUCUGUUCUGAGAUUAAUACAAGUUGUAUGUUUAACUUUAGGCAUAUCUGCUUUCACAUUAGCUUUCCAAAGGGAUUUCUUUUGUCUUUGAGCUUAAUACCAAAACCAAAUGACUGGAAUGCACUCUUAUACUAUUUGUUUGAUACUGCCUAUUUUGAUUUUAUUUUUUGGUAGGAAACACUGAAGUUUACAUUGAUUGUUAGCUUUCCCACUAAGUGUCUUAUUCUGCCUUGAAUUUUUUUAAGUGUUUUUUAUCAGUAGGUCUGUCUAGAUAAUGUUCACGUCUUUUUUCAGCUACAUGCAUUUAAAAUUCACUGAUACUGCCAUUUAUUUAUCCCGCAGCAACUGCACUGUAAAAGGUAACAUUUAAAACUGAGGCAGACUUCUUCCUAAGCCUUCCUCAGAAAGGUUUUUAUGAAUAAACAUAAAUGUAUGUGUUUAUAUAGAGAAAUCUUACAUCUUACAGCUACCUUUCUGCAUAGAUGUGAUCUUAGUGGAAAGUAUUCAUGUCUUUAUGUCAACAAAAGCGAUGAAAUGUUCCAGGGUAAAAUAUGCAGGUAGAAAGCAUGUUUUCCCUAUAUUCCAAGGAUUUCUUUGCAAUAAUUCAACAAAGAAGUUUUAUGGUGCAAAUAUUAGAAUGAUUUAAUUUUAAAAAAAAGUAGAUUCAAUUAGUUAGUAUAAUGUACCAUAAAGAAGAGUAUAUUGUCAAUAAAGUUAUAAAUUUUUGUGCAUUCAUGAUUAGCUGGAAUUGGUCUGUUAGUAUGUUGGAAAUAUAUGUGAGAAUAUUUAAAAAUAUUUAUACUUAAAUACAGAUAUUUGCUACUAACAUAUAAAGAAUGUGAACUGUUUUAAUAGGGUACUACACUGAUGUACGAUAGCUUGUUUUGGGCCCUUUAUGUGUGGAAGUAGUUAACCAAAGAAAGCAUCCUUAAGAUUACAGCUGGUAAAAUGACGAUUCCCAAAGUACUGGCUCAGCUUUGCUGUAUCUGGAAAAACUAUGUAAUUUAUUAUAGCCCUCUGUAUCUAUGCAAAUAUGGGCAUGAGAUAAUUUUUGAAAGUUCUGUGAAUUUUUAUGAGAAAUUCACAACUUCAGCGUUUUCACUUAUGCUGUUUUCUGUGUUUGUUGUCCGGUCUAACAGGACUAGGAUCCACCUUAAAUGACAGCCAUGCAACAGGACAAUGAAAGGCACAAAAGCAGGAUGUAAUUUAUGUAGGUUGUGUUUGGAGACAGUAAUAGUUUGUUUGUGAACGGUUCGUUCAAAAAGAAGGGCUAGAGUUGUCAUGAGUGGUAUUCAUAGUGGAUUUUUAAAUCAGCUGUCUUAAAAUCUUAACAUGGUCACUGCCAAUGUUGGUGUCCCUGCAUUGAAUUAAAAGGUUUUGGUGAUUCAUUGAAACUUCCAAAAGAUACAUCUUAAAAAUCACUUAAAUUUUCAGCUUUUGUAAACCUCUAACAUUUGAACCGACUUUACUUUUCCAGUCCUUAUAAAAAUAGAUGCAAUAUUCUCAUCAUUUAAAUUUCAGGCCUAAUAUUCAACCAUUUUUUUUCACAGCACUUUUGGACAUGAGUUUAGACUGUCUUUAGGAUGGUAUUGGCAGCAAUAUUUAAACAAAAGGAAUAUUGAGGAAAGUGGAUGGAAAGGCUGAAGCAGUGCUUGAAAUUAAAAAAAAUGUGCAUAUACAUUAUAAAGUAAUGGCAGUAUUCUUUUUUUAAGGAAUUCUGCUACUAUAAUCCCUGUGAAACACUUAGGAGAAUAGCAGCAGUUUCGUUUUACGUGCCAAUAUUUAAGUCUUGUUUCAUGAGCAAAACAUACUAUCUGUUUUAAUCAAUUAUCAUAGUUAGCAGAUCGUACUUUUCUGAAGCUUAUUAAGAAAGAGGAUCAAGAAUUUAACUAUUCUUGAUACAUUCCCUGUGGGGGCAUAUGAUUAUUCUUUCUGUUUUCUGAUAUCAUUGUUUCAGUUAAUUUAACUGUGAAUGCAGAACCAAAUCUGUAAUACAGAAUCUGCUUGACGGCAGGAACCUCAGUUAUAAGCCAUGUAAUUAAUUUUUGUACAUGACAUCCGGUGAAAUCAUGGGGCCGUUAAUUUUUACUUGCUUUGUGGGGAUAAAAACCUCCAAGCAGCCCAAGAUGAUGUCAUCCCGCGGCGCUACGUUCCGCUAUUCUCCAGCGGAAGGCGGUGCCAGCCCCACAGAGAAGCCAGUUGGGAUCGAACGCUCAUCUCAACGCACCGCGGGCCGUGGGCGCAAACCUCCGCGCCUGGGACGGGGUGGGAUGGGGUGCGGGGACUGUGCCCCCCGUGGGGGCGCACGGCAGGCUGCAGCGCGUGCUCCCCCGCUCUCACAGCGCCCUCUGUCGGCCAACGGUGCGCAGCGGUAGCGCGCGCGCGCGUGGCCGCCUGCCUACGUCAGUGAUGACGCGGUGGGUGACGGGAGCAAGAAUUGGGUGGGUUUGGGCUGGCCGUGGGGUUGGGGUCUCGGAGAUGGGGAGCGUCUUGGGUGAGCGGAGCCAGACCCAGGGCUGCCGCAGGUGGAAGCGCGUUGCGACGGGUUUGUCUAGAAAAUCUUCAGAACCAUUCAACUCUCAAACAACCCAUUAUAAAUUACAAAUCUGUAAAUUCUAAGGCGCUUACUUAAAUGGCCAGAAGACAAACCUUGAGGCUGAAGUGUCAAGUAUAUGUUUAAGUAAAUGAUGCACACGAAGAUCCUUUCAAGGGAACAUGGUAAUUUCGCAGAUUCACAAUUUCUCAAAUGUAUUCUUACUGCUGAAUUUUUUUUGUAGAUAUAUUUUUUCUCAGUCUCCCAUUCAUCCUUAACAUUAGGAAUCAAUAUGUAAUCUGAUUAAGGCAGCUACUUUAUCUUUUGUCCCAUUUCCGAGAACGUGGAGGAGAGAAGGGAGAAUUUGUUUAGGAGGCACUGAGCUUUAUUCUUUGAACAACAGGCCUCCAAAAGUGUAAAACUAAUCAAAAUAUUUUUUAAACUUUUAGCCAAUGACCCUAUCAUGUUAUUAGUUUAUUAGUGUAAUGUUUCUGAAACUGAUUCUCAGAGUUGUUCCAGCAGGGAAAGAUCAGGUAGACUUUUACGAUCUAAUUUGAAAUCUUUUAAACCUUGUGAUCCUUGAAAUCCUUCAAACCUUUACUUUGAAAUCCCACUUCCUUCCCUCUAGCUCUCCUUCAUGAUUUUUGGUUUUAGAAGAAACUGCAUUCCCAAGACUAAUUUGUGCUUGUCAUUGUUACUCGUUUAAAAAAUUUCAUAGACAGUAUUAACGAAUUUCAUCUUAAUAUCACAUCAGAACUACAAAUGCUUUAUUAAGCAUGGUGGAUAUUGGCUAUGAAGUUAACAAUAUUUGAUUUCCUGAGGGAUACAAAGAGAAGUCAAAGCACUAAUGAAAAACAUCCUGAAAACAUUUGAAAAUAAUUGGUUUAUUUGCACUACGGGGUACCUCCUCUACCAGGCCAAAGAAUGCUACCUUGCUGUCUUCUUGUAAUAUCAGAGAUUUGAGAUUUCAUUUGAAGAAUCCUGAUGUCUAAAAUAAAAGAUUCUACAUUAAAUAAUGUUUACCAACUGAUCCUCUGAUCUUUUGGUUUGAAGGACAGGUUCCAUCGAACAGCUGAUAGAGUAGCUGAGAUCAUUUUCAGUCUUGAGGAGGAUUCACAAGUAAGAAACUGUCUAAGAACCAAGGGGUAGGAUGGAUUUUGAACGAGGCAGCUUCCUCCUUGUUUUGAAUCUAUAGUGGGCUAAUGUGAAGGGAAGAUUCAUAAAACCACCGAGAAAAUGGAGAUGGGGCCAGAAGAAUUGUUUUGAUUCGUUACCAAAGUUUACCAAAUGAAGUGAGAUUGCAAAGAGCAGGAGUUGCACAGUUAAAUACACAUGCCAUCAUUUUAUGAUGUUUUUCAAUGUUCAUUUUACAGUUGUCCAGUUUUAGUCAGUAAAUGAUACUUUUCAGAAAUUAUGAAUUCAUGCUUUGUUUUUUUGGCCAUUGUAUGCCAAUGUCAGGAAUGUAGGUGGCAAAGACAGCAUUUCUACAGUAUUGUGAAAGAGAAUCUUUCUGAAGUCAACUUUGCAUUCAGAUGAAACAUGAUAAUAAGAUGAGUUUUCUGGUAACCUGAAAUAGUUAAUGUGAAACACUUUUUUUGUAGUGCAUUAUUUACCAUAUUUGGCCAGCCUUCCUGCCAGCAAUACCUCACUUAUAGCAGAGUGUUCCUGUCACGUACUUGAGGAUGCUGUCACUUAGAUGUAUUAUUUAACUUGGCUAUCUCCACCCUUUGUCUUCACCACACACUCAAUUUUGCUGCAGCUCAUAAAAAAGAAGCCAAUGUAGCUUUGUUGGAACCACCAUAUCACUAAGACAAAUAAUGUUGACUGGCUCAUCUCAAUAUCCCAACUGGAAAUAUCAUUACGUUCCUUAAAAGUGUUUUCUUUCUAUGGUGGUGUCUUGAUCUUUGUGGACAAAAAUUGUUCCUUAUUCUACAUAUAUUCCCAUCAAUGGUACUGUAUUAGCACUUCUAAGCUAUUCCUAAAAUAAAAACUAAGAGUACUUUCUGAAGAGUAAGAGUUGAAUAAACAAUGUGGAUCUUACUUAGCACCACCUAGUAUUUCUCAUUAGUCUUGUACUUCUACCGUUGUGUUGUGUGUGCAAGCAUAAUAAAUUGAUUUUUUUAGCAUUGUGUAUAAGAAAUACACUUUUAUUCAUAGUCUUGUAACCGAUUGAAAGUUAUCUGUCACAAGACAAAGGGUACUGUUUUGGUUUUUGCACUUCAGGAAAUUACUAGCUUUUGUUUCAACGCAAAAUCUCAUGUCUGAUGUUAAAGUCUACAGACAAAGGCUUGACUCUAAUGAAGUGAUCUAACUGAGCAUUGUAGCUGUCUGGCAGCACUGACAAAAAUGAUCUUAGAUGGGUUUUUAUAUAAAUAGCAUAAGCCCGUUGUAUACAUUUCUCAGGGCCUGUCCCUUCUCAGUCAGACCAUUUCCCUCUGAAAGGAUUUUUCUUUUCUGCCCUCAAUAUAAAUUGGUGUUAGUCAUACUUGAUAGCCACUUUGUGCUCUCUACUAGCUCUUGACUAGGUUGAAUGAGUAGUGUGUGUGCUUUUUCAAGUUCUGGUAGGCCUCAACUUGUUAUCUCCCAACGGCAUCACGUUCGUGGUCAGGUAAGAGGUAGAGGCGCGUUUUAUCACACUUUGAGAUUAUCCCUUGAUUGCCCUUAGAUUUUGUGGUGUGCUAACUAGUGUGAAUCCUUGAAGGACCUUUGAAACAAGAGGUCCCAGAUCUCUAGAAGCUUACUUUGCACUUUGUUUUAAGCAGAUGACUUGCUCAAGUUUGGCUAACUUAGUUUUACUGCUGAGUAGUUGAUUCUUGGCAUUAAUGUCCUGAUGAAUUUUUGUGUUUGAAAAAGAGGGAGUUAGAUUUAAAAAUAACUUCAGUUGGUGACUCAGAGGUUGAAGCUGCAAAUAGCAUCUUCCAUAAAAUCAGGAUGAUAAUGACUUCUCAUUCAGCUCUGGAUCUUUUGUCCAAGGUAUUUUGCUUUUUGACACUCGGUAUUUCAGUAAUAUGUCUACAUGGUAGGAAGGGUCAAUACAGAAUGCAAAUGAGAAUGUUUUCAAGAAGCAUUUCCUUGACCUAGGAAGACAUAGUGCUUGUGAGCAAUUACCAUCGUGAUAUAUGUAAGAGAUCAAACCUUUCUUGGGGGUACUUGGGUCUCAUUUACCCAGACGAAAUCAUUUCUGUUGUCGUGAAUUCUAUACCAUAACAGUUACUGCCUUGAAUGAGUUCUGUUCAUUCCCCUGCUCACUUUCAACUUUGAUGGCUCUUUUCGUGUCGUCUCAGUGAGCACACAGCAGCGUAGAGUCCUACCUGCAGUCAUGUUCAUGUUGUCUUGGCCUGAAUAGACACUGUGGUAGAGUAGCCUGGGAAGGUGUGGAGAUACGGAAUAUUGGCUUAAUUUAAAAAAAAAAUAAAAUUGUAAUUUUUGAUAUGCAAGUUCUCUGGUUCCAUUUGAGUUUGGGUUGAGAGCAAGCAGUCAGUUGCUUAAAAGAUUUGAAAUCUGUUAUGGAUUCUGUACACAGAAAUAUGCAGAAGGAAGUCACACCUCUUUAUGGGUUUUGAACAAGUGCUGCCUUUUUUAGUUCUAAUAAAGCACAGCUGGAUCUUUUUGUAACCUUAAGCAUUAUUUUGUAUAUAAUUCAAGCUAUUUUUACUUUGUUGUUGCCCAAGUCAGUAUCUCCUGACCUAAGCCAGUACAUGCAAUGCUCUGGUGCUGCCACAGGCACAUUUAGCAGCUGGAGAUCCAUGUCUCUUGUGCCAAAAAAUAACUUCCUUAAAUUGGUCCAUUUGCAAGACUUGAAUUCUCGCAUACUUGGAAUUUUAAGAAUAAACCUAGUCUUCCAUAGGUCAGUCUUUCUUAACAGACGUAACUGUUUUAAAAUGUAUGUUCUGAGUUGUUCUUCAGAUAUUCCUGAUAAUUUAUUUUUACUCAUUACUUUAUAAACACAUUGUUAAUAAAACACCAAGUUCUGGUGGGAUGUCAUGGCAAAUCACAUUGUUAUUCACAUUCAGGAUAAUUCAGGAUUCACAUUCACAUAUUGUAUUCAGGAAAAAACAAGUAAUGAUAUUGAUAUGUCAGUUGAAAUAUAGAUGCAAUCUUUUGCUUUACAGUCAUUAGUAAAUGUUAUAUGUAAAAUACAAUGCUAGUAAUAUUUGUCUAUACAAAUUAUUAAAAAUCUUUGAUUCAGUGAAUGUGCGUAUUUGAAAAUACACGGGCAUUACAAAGGAUUAUUUCAGUGCUGUUUAAAGUUAUUUAAAAGAGAUGACAUGUGACAAACUCCUGCUUGGUAUGCUGUUUAUAUCAAAAUAUAAUUAGUAUAUAUAUAAUAUAGCACAAAUAAUUGUUACUACUACACAGUGUGUCAGGCACCUAAUUUUCAUGUUGACUGUUUUAUAUAUGUGGGUUUUAAGAUUAAUAAUUUUAAUACAUAAGAGCGCAGAAAAUAUACUGGGAGUUGUCUCCUGCAUUAGUAAAGUUAAAUUUAAUUACUUCUCUUACAAUAAUUAGUUGAAUCUAAUUCUAAAUUAGUCUAAAUACCGGGACUUCAAAACUGUUUGAGUGAUGUCGAGUGAUGCACUGUGUCGCUUUUGGGAAGAAUUGGUAACUGUAAAUACAGUGUCUGUACUUACGCAACACACUGAAUGAACGAAAACUUCUGAAAGUGUUUUUCAAAAGAUUUUUUGACUACUUUCUCAGUGGCUGAGCAUUUGAACUUCAAGAUUCAUUGAAGUACUGAAGCACCUGCGUUACGCCUGCGACUUCAGUUCUGCUGAAAUUGCUCAAUGGCAUCUUGUGGCUUGCCAAACUAAGGUGGGGUGAUUAAAGUCGGUUGUUGCAACAACGUUGUUGCCAUCUAAGAGUCGGCUGUAUAACUGUUAGAAUAAUUCAGAUGUACCGUAGAACCUGUGCUUUUCGAGUUAGAAAAUAUGAAACAAAUUAUAAUCUAUGUGUGUUUCUGGGUCAAUGAGUAUUUCUGUGCACAUUCCCAAGACUGAUAUACUGUAGAUCACAGUGUAGUUUAUAGAUAGAAAAUUAUCACUCUGUCUCCUUAACAGCUUCAAUCUGAGUGCCAGGUAGCAAAAUAGCACUGAUCUUUGUGAACUGGCAUUCUGAAUUUUGUAGUUCACACAUGGGCAUGUGAUUGACUUUUACUAAAUUGGUCUUUGUUUCAUCCUGACGGUUUUCAGACAAUACUGAAAAAUGUUUAUACUGGACUUGUUGAAAGUUAUGAGGUCUAGCACUGGUUGUGCCUGAAAGGAUAAUGUAUGAGGGGAAUGGCUGAAUAAUAUCAAAAUAGGGAAACUUACUCUGGUAUUCCUUUAAUCAGAUCUAAAAGUGCAAGAGUAUGUCCAGCUGAGAAACAAUGAAUUGUCUCUUAUUUAUCUUUCUUUUUUUUAUUCAUGUAAUAUUUCUGUUUUUUCUUUUUGGAUUGAUUUAAAUUACAGAUUAUUUUUUCAUUCCUAUUGAGAUUUCUU